AUGGACGGUCCCUCGACUGCUCCGCUUCCCUUGACACGCGCCUCGGUCCAGCAAGCCCACCGAGCCAUCGCCACGCUCGUCCACCGCACCCCACUUCUCUCGUCCACCUCGCUCUCCCACGACGCCGGCUACACGCUCCUCUUCAAGGCCGAGAACUGCAACAAGAGCGGCAGCUUCAAGAUCCGCGGCGCGACGUACUCGGUCGCGUGCCUCACCGACCACGAGCGACGACGAGGAGUCGUCACCCAGUCCAGCGGAAACCAUGCCGCCGCCCUCGCCCUCGUCGCGCGCGACCUCGACAUCCCCGCCCACAUCGUCUCGCCGCGCACCGCACCCGCCGCCAAGCUCGCCGCCGUGCGCGCCUACGGCGGCAACCUGACGCUGUGCGACCCGUCGAUCGAGUCGCGCGAAGCCGCCCUCGCCGACGUGCAGCGGCGCACGGGCGCGUGCUACGUCCCGCCGUCCGACGCCGUUAACACCAUGCUCGGCCAGGGCACCGUCUUUCUCGAGGUCGAGGAGCAGGCGCGAGAGGGAGGGUGGGGCAAGCUCGGGGCAAUCAUCGCGCCUGUCGGAGGGGCAGGGCUCCUCGGCGGCAUUGCUGUCGCAGCUCGAGGGACGGGCGUGCGGGUCUUUGGCGCAGAACCGGCGGGAGCAGACGAUUGCGUACGAGGUCUCGCAGAAGGGCGGCGCAUCACCGACUUUAAGCCUGAAACCAUCGCCGACGGCCUCUUGACGCCGGUCGGCGAGCACAACUGGCCUGUCGUGCAGCAGGAUGUCGAGAAGGUCAUGACGGUCACCGACGAGGAGAUCCUCGAUGCGCAGCGCCUCCUGUGGCAGCGUCUCAAGACGGUCGUCGAGCCGAGCGGCGCCGUCGCGUUCGCGCUCGCGCGGAGCGCCAAGUUUCGCGAGCUGCGAGUCGAGGGCCCGGUGUGCGUCGUCCUGAGCGGCGGCAACGUCGACCUCGAUGUGCCGCCACCAUGGGUCAAGGCGUAGAAGACGCGAGAGCUGCAACGAGGACGAGCUGUCUUUCUC